UUCACGUACAACAUUGUUGCCAGUCGAUGUGUCGCGUACACAGUUGUUGCGCUGUUAUCUGAAGUUAACACCAUCUUUCUACAUUCCAGGAAACUGCUUCAAAUGCACAAAUGUCCAUUCGACCAUUGGAUCUACAGGCUGAACGCGCUUUUGAACCUGGUAACUUUCGUCUGCUGUCGAUUUCUCUGUAACGCCUGGAUCACUUACGGCAUGUUGGCGACCCGCCAGCGAGUGUCCAUCUUCUACUUCUGGAUACUGGCGGCCGCAAUGUUCGUCAUGUGGGUCACUAACGUCAUGCUCUUCUGGAGAUUGGUGCAGAGUGAC